AUGACAUCCAAGAUGCCCAGGACUAAGGCCACCACCUCUGACGCCGCCGCAACUACCAGUGAGAGCAACCGCUGGUCGGCAGUCUCGGCGUCGCGUAAUGCCGACAAUGACUACAAGAAGGCCUUGGAAGACACCGACGCCUAUGCAUACACCUGCAGAUGUCCCUUUGGGGCCAAAUCCGGAGGAGACUUUGAUGACGAUGACGAAGAUGAAUUUGAGGAUGAUGAAGACGACGAAGGCCAUCAACAGCCCAAGUGCGAUGGCGGCGAAACCUGCCUCUGCACGAAGCCUGCGGAAGAGCACCCCGACGCGCCCUUCUUCAUGACGAACGCCGGCUACCGCAAACUCAUGACACAGAACAUCCAUUGCGAACUUCGCGAUCCAGAUAACUUUGGAAUGUAUACAUACAACGAUCACGCAGCCUACGGCGUCCUUCAAGUAAUUCAAAAUAUUAUCCUCGACUUCGAGGAGGCCAAGGACAACUGGAAGGAGCAGUGGGUGAUCUGCGAGGCCAUGGUGCCGUUCAUCUGGUACCUCUCCGGCGGUGACUUCGCCAGGGCCGACGACGGCGAGCUCUGCAGCCACACCGCCCGUCUCAUCGGCAACCUCUUCCUCGCCACGCUCGCCCGCCUCGAGCGCGAGGGCGUCCUGACCCCGGACUCGGAGGUCAAGGACCUCGGCCACGUCAUGGCGGGCAUGCUGAAGGUUGCAGCGACCUUCCGCAGCUACUCCCUCCUUGACCAAGGGGCCCGGAUGAAGAGGUCCACCAAGAAGCGACCGUUCCCCUUUGACGAGGACUCGUUCGACAACUACGUCGCCGCCUAUGCCAAGAAGCACGGCAUCACGCUGCGUGGCGUCCCCGGGCUCGAGAGCCUGCUAAAGGACGUGGAUGACAGCGUCAAGCUGCCGAAGGAAACUCACGGCGACGAUCCCUGGGGUUGGGAGACAGCUUUCUCGGAGUACAAGAAGGGGAGGAAAAUUGGCGGCGACGAUCUCGACAUGACGAGCUGGUCGAGCGCGGAGCGCAAGAGGGCCGCGUUCAACAAGAAGGACCCUCUGGGGAAGAAGGAGAUUGAAGCGAUCAAGAAUGGCAUGGUCAUGAUGCUUGGAUAG